UACAACACAUUUCUCAUCUUCAACCAUCAACAACAAGCCUUCUUCAGCUCUCUUCUUGAUUUUGAUUUCUUUCACAGCUACUUGACUUGAAAGAAAAUAAAAAAACUUGUCCUUUCACUCAUUCGAUUAGUUCGACAAUGGCCAUCCGCCAGAUGCUGAGACGGUCUUUAUCCAGCGAGAGAAGGUCAGCCGAAGUUCCCAAGGGGCAUCUUGCUGUUUAUGUUGGUGAUAAUGAAAAGAAACGGUUUGUGAUUCCAGUGGCGUACUUGAACUACCCCUCGUUUCAAGAGUUGUUGUUUCAAGCUGAGGAAGAAUUCGGGUUCAAUCACCCUAUGGGCGGCCUCACCAUCCCUUGCAGUCAAGAAUUAUUUGUAGAUUUAAUCUCUGCUUUCAGCUCAAGAUGAUUUGUAACAAUGGUUUUAGGAGUAGAAUUUUGUAGAUAUAAUAGUAGAUGAAUAUACAUGAAAGUUUAUGGAGCAAACUUUUGUCACCUUAAUCUGUUGAUUGAUUUAUCCAAGAAUGAGCUUUUCUUAUUUGAAACAAA